UGUCCUCGCUGAUCACCCGUUGGUCUGGAAUGUGUUCUUUAUGUUGAGUGAAAGAAGGACAAUCCAAUGCUAAGACAAGGGACGAGUUCAUAGAUUGUAUUCCAUGGAGUCUGAACGUGGUGCCAGGAUUACCGCUGGGUGUUUUGUUUAAGACUUGCCAGAUUGUUUCUGUAGCAGACGAUUUUGAUGCCGAUAGAUGAACUGAGAAAGAGGCUGCAAUGCUAAUUUUCGUGGUGGGUACCCAGAGAAGUUCUGUUAGUAUUUCUGUACAGACUGAUGAAGGGUUACUCCAUGGCAGCUAUGAAGCUGAAAUAGACAAAAUUCAUGAUGCCUACAUAAUAGCUGUCGAGGAUGAGGCCAAGAGGAAGCUUGACUUAUUUACUUCUGGCCAAGACGUGCGUGCGGUGGAUAUGACCAUUGCCUCCAACAGUAUCAGCCAAGAAAGUAUCAAUAUAACUAAUAGCCCUAGCAACAAAGGCAGAACACAGGUUGUUGUAGAGUGUAAGGUGGAGAGUACACCCCUGCAGUUGGAAACAAGUUUUAACACUACUACAGCUUCCAUGCCCGUUGAGAAAAAAAAGAAAAACAGCCAUGAUCAGUUGUCCCCCGUCAGAGACCCAGUCAUCAGUAAUGGUGGCAGUAGGGGCAAUAGUGGGGAAUGGCUGGAGAUGAAUGGAUUCUCUGAUCAAGAAAUUAACAACAAAGGCAAAGGUCAAUUACGUAGCAAGUCAAAUAAUAGGGAUUCCAACGUGCCCAUAAUUAGCGACUACCUUGAAAAUGGUUCUGUAAAUAUGAGUGAGGACUUCCACAGCCAGCGCAGUGGUUACAACAAUCAUGCGCAGCUUAGUUUUGACAGCAGGGACACCUCCUUUGACUAUGAUGACCCAGGCCCCCAUCGAGAGAUGGCCAUUGAUGUCCCAGAAAACUUUGUGGCUAGUGUGAAAUCUCCACCCAGGUACCCCCCUCCCCAGCAUGGCAGUCCAAUCAAGUCCACUAAUAGCUCCCCGUCAAAAGCCAACAACAAUGAGGGAAAAGAAGACAAUAUUUAUGCUACCAGUUCUAAGCAGUCAUUUAAAGCACAGCAGCAGUACCAACCCACGCCACAAGAGCUGGAGCGUUUACACAAACACCAAGACGAGCUUAAGAAACGCAGAGAAGAAGAAAAAAGGCAGCGUGCAGAGGAUGAAUUCCUACGUACCUCAUUGCGAGGCUCUAAGAAAUUACAGGCUUUAGAAAAUAAAAGACAUUUGGGGCCGGCCCCCUCAGGAGUAAUUAACACAGCGUUUGAUGAUGAAGAAAGUGAGGAGGAGGAGGAUGAUGAGGAAGAUAAUGAUAGCAAAUCACAUUUGAGGAUUGUUGGUCAAGAGCGUUACCUCAAGAAAAAUAUUGGGGUGGAAGAUUUAUUUUCAAGCCUUCAUCAGAUCAAAAAUCGUCUCAACAGCCAAGAAGAUCAAAAAUACAUUUUGUAUCUACGAAACCUUUGUCAAAAUGAGCAGUUUCAGAAAGCUGUACAUCUUCAUAAACAGUUAAUAGAGAUCACGUCCAGAUCUCCACCUGUGAAGGCUGUAACAGAGGAUGUCAUUGAACUAAAAGAGGAGAUUCAGCUUGCAACAGAGAGAACACACAAUCCCAAGGCUCAUGAGUUAUGCCACCUUUUAAACAAAGCAGAUCUCAGAAAUGUAUUAGAAGCCCAUGAUGCCAUAGCCCAGCAGGCCUUACAGACCUCUGAAGAUGUGGAUCUUGGAGAGCCACUGGACUCUCCACUUGUCCAGUUCGGUGAGGAUAGUGUUAGGAUUGUACAUCUGGAGAAAACCACAGAACACCUGGGGGCUACAGUUAAAAAUGAAGGAGAGUCUGUGAUUAUAGCUCGUAUAGUCAAAGGUGGAGCAGCGGAGAAAAGUGGUUUACUUCAUGAGGGGGAUGAAAUCCUUGAGGUCAAUGGAGUUGAUAUGAGAGGCAAGAAUAUCAAUGAUGUGUCUGAGAUGUUGGCCAACAUGUCUGGAACUAUAAGGUUCAUGAUUAUACCAAGUCAUCAUCCAGCACAAGAAAAUGUUCAACAAUCAAAUAAAGUGAUGCAUCUCCGUGCUUUGUUUACAUACGACCCUGAAGAUGAUCCUUAUAUUCCGUGCCGAGAAUUGGGGAUCAGUUUUUUAAGAGGAGACAUACUGCAUGCCAUAGCUUUGGAUGACCCCAACUGGUGGCAAGCUUUUAGGGAGGGAGAGGAGGAGGACCAGUCUUUGGCUGGACUCAUACCCAGCAAGUCUUUCACAGAACAGCGAGAAACAAUAAAAAUGAACUUGGAAAAUAAAGAAAACAAAAAGAAAGGCCGAGUUUGUGCCUGUGGAAGGAAAGAAAGAAAGAAAAGGAAAAAGAAGAAAUCUCUUUAUAAUGGCUCAUCAGAAGAUUGCGAAGAGAUUUUAACCUAUGAGGAAAUUGGCAAGUACUAUCCUCAACCAAAUCGUAAGAGACCCAUUGUUUUAAUUGGACCAUCAAAUGUUGGUCGAAAUGAGUUACAGCACAGACUGUUGGAAUCUGAUCCAGACAGAUUUGGUACACCUACCCCUCACACAACCAGGCCGCCUAGAGCCAAUGAAAUUGAUAUCAAUGCUUACCAUCACAUACCCAAGGAGGAGUUCAAUUUGAUGGUGCAGCAGAAUCAAUUUGUAGAAUACGGGGAGCACCAGAAGUUUCAGUACGGCACAUCUUUUGAUGCCAUUCGGGAUGUCAUAGCACAAGGCAAAGUGUGCUUACUGAAGCAGCAUCCAGAGACAUUAAAACUGAUGAGAGCCUCUGACCUGAAGCCCUAUGUGAUCUUUGUCUGCCCUCCAAACUUGGACAAACUCAGACAGUUACAAGACCAGCUCAGUAAAGCUCUCCCAUUUGAUGAAGUUGAAUUCAGGGGAAGAACUUCACUUUCAGAUGACCAGCUAAAAGAAAUCAUUGACAGAGCCAGAGAAAUGGAGGACCUGUACGGUCAUUUGUUUGACUAUGUCCUCGUCAACAGCGACCUAGACAGAGCAUUUGUUGAGCUGCUGGACGAAAUUAACCGAAUAGAAGUGGAAUCCCAGUGGGUUCCUACCUCCUGGUUGGAGACUUACAGCCUUCAGUAACUUGGUUCUAGCAGUGCUAUGGACUCUUUUAAUACUUUGUUUAGUUCCAUUACUUCAUUGGAGUGUGAUUCUGUUGAAGUCUUUCUGUAUGAAACAAUCAAGUGAAAAUGAUAACAUUGAAGUCAAGAAAUGGUUUCUGCUUUGAAAGGAAAGAGUGGAAUGUGAAGUAUUCAAAGCUAUAGUGAACAAAGCUCAAGGGAGUGUUCUGACUGGAUCUAUUUCUUAUAUGUCACAUUUCCAUUUUGUUUUAAUGCACCUGUGUUAAGAGGAUUAAUGACACCUGUGUUAAGAGAAUGUAUUACACCUGUGUUAAGAGAAUGUAUUACACCUGUGUUAAGAGGAUUAAUUACACCUAUUAAUAUAAGGAUUCAAUACACUGUUUAUGAGGAUUCAAUCUGUGUUGAGAGGAUUCAUUACAUCUGUGUCAGCAAAUGGAUUGUUUAGAACUGUUGUUGUGCUAAGGAGUGGUAACAACAAGAGCUCUACCCACAGUCCCAUCUGGCUCAACAUAACAUGACCUUCACAUUGUCUGCAGAACUUUUUCACAUUUAAUUUGUAGAUGCUUCCUAAAUAUGUAUUGGCCUUGCUUGGAGCUGUAUGAGUCCUGCAUGUCCUAAUGCUUUCUUCAUGAUUACUGUUGGACUAAAAAACACAAAAGUUAAAAUUCUUUACAAUUGUAGAUGGAUGGUAAUAUAAAAGUUUCUUAGGAAUGACAGUUUUAACUUGUACUAAAAUGUUUUCGAUUCUAUCAAAGAUUUCAUUUGAUUUUUUGUUCAAGAAAUGUGUGAGCCAGCAGUGUUACUGUCAGUCAUCAGUGUGAACUCUGCCACACUUGCUACCUUAUUGUAUUAGAAUAGCAGUUGGUUUCUAUCAAGUUUGAAAAGUAUUAGGAAACUUAAAAGAACUCUUUGUUUUUGGGAAAUACAUUUAAAGCACAGGUGUAUACACAGAUGGAGCCAAGGUCAAUACUGGUAUUCUUGAAUAGUGACAGGUUAAAAUAGGUUAAAUGUCAGGGUGCAUAAAAUAUAAUUUAAUUGUUGGUAAUGAUGGCUAGAGUGCAUUGAUGGAAAGAUGGUUGUGAUGGUAAGCAUAUUUUGAUGGUAGUGAUGCACUGUGGAGUUAUAGUCUAGUAUGUAAUCUGGAAAUAGUUUUACUUUGUAUUUAACUGGAGGACUAAAUGUAUUGCCUAGAUUACAUCCCCUACUUAAGUGAUUGUACAAACUAAUGUAAUCAGACAACUUUGAUUAAGUGCUGAUCUGAUUGUCUGCUGUGAAGAGUGGAUUGAUGGCUCAAUGACCUGUAUAUGACUUUGACUUGCACUACUGGACAGACAGCACUUUCUACUUUGUAUAUGACUGUGACACUAUCUACUCAGUAGCUAGCAGCCCUGAACUUCCUCUACACAUUAAGGUGAAAAAAAAAAGAAUGUGUUUAUCUUCCCCCCAUGCAAAUGUACUUGCAGCAGUAAUUAGACCAAAGAAUAGUGGGCACACAACAUUUGGGAUUUGAAUGCCAGUAUCUUCAAGUCAAUUAAUGACCUGAUAUUUUCAUAGAAUGUCAUAAUACUAUGUUUUAGGUAUGUGUGCUGGAGUGUGCUGACUUCUUGUUUUACUAUGUUGUUGUUUUAAAAUUUGUAUCUUGUAGAAACAUAAUGAACUGGGCUAGAUGCCGGGUGAGUUUUAACUGAUUUGUAAGAAUAGAUUGUUUAUGUCUCCCACUUGCCCUAUUGUACAGUGUCUACUGUUUAGUAUCAGACAUUUGCAACAUGAAAUAACACAUUAAUAUCUAUAUUGUUUCAUUUGUAUUUGAACUUUCUUGUGUUUUAAUUGUAAACUGAACCUACCCACUAGUUGAAGAAACAUUAGAUGGAGUUAGUUGUAGUUUUUGGUUAUGACUCAGUUGCUCAACAAGUUAUCUUCUUACUGCCUGUACAUUCAACUAGGCUCAUGGCCAAUGACUUCAGUACCAACCAGUUCCUUAGGAUAAGAUGUUGAUAUGAGAAGCUUCAAGUCAUAUUUAUUUCAUAAACGCCAUCAGUUUGUAACUGUAUAUGUAAUUGCUAAGUUUUAAACAAAUCUUGUCUUCUCUCCAUUAUAACUAAACUAGAUUUCUAGUGCUAGGCCAUAGUCUAAAUUACCCCCCCCCCCAAACACACACACACUUUUGUCCACAACUAAACUAGAAACACAUUCCAAGGGUAACAAAGUCAUUUUUUUAAUAAUUUAAACUCCUACAACUCCAUAUAUAUAUAUUGCAUUUCUUUUUUUUUUUUUUUUUAAAUACUACAUUGUGUUAACUGAGUUGUGGUUAUAGAAAUAUUAAAAAGUAAAGUUUCCCUUUCAGACCUUGUGGUCUAUAGGGCAGAUGAUGUAAAGGUCAUCUGAUUCUGUGGCCUACGGUUAACGAGGAUGUCAUGUGGCCAGCACAACGACCAACUUCCUUUACUUUUCCCCAACUAAUGUCAGGUACCCAUAGGAGCUGGGUGGACUCAAAGGCGCCUGAAGAUCCUGGAAUUAAAAAUCCCAGGAUUCGAACCCCGGUUUGGAAGUCAAGCGAUUUACCGCUCAGCCACUGCGCCUCCCUAUAUAAAUAUUGUAUGUAUUAUAAAGAGGACUUAGACAGAUACCAAACAAAACUGUAUUUAUUAAGGCCAAGUUGGGCCCAUUAGUGUUGACUGGAACUUUGGUUUGAAUGGGACAUACCAGUACUUAAAGCUGUAUGGAAAACUGCAAUGAUAUUAUCACUAAAACCAGACUUCUGUACAUAACCUACUUAAUAGUUCCUUUAUAAAAAUACCUUUUAGAAGUAGCAUCAAGGCAGAUUAGCUUAUGUCUCUGAGCAUGGGAUAAAUGAAUAACACUGUAGAUGUGAACAUUGAAUGUCUUAGUUUUUAUUUCAAUCAAUUGUUUUAUUGAUAUUUUGGUUGACAUGUUUAGUUUAAUCCCUUUCUUUUAUUUUGAUUGUAAACAAACAAAGUGCAAUUUCAUGUCACUGUAUAUUUAUCUUAAAGUUGUUACAAUUGACAUUUUUUAAUGAAGACACGCAAGUAUGCAGACUAGGAUAAUGAGAUGGAACUAUGUAAGAACCACAGACUUGAGUGGCCUCCCCUAAAUGACUGUGUCUAAUAACACUUAUUCCCAGCAGAUCAGGCAAUACUUUUUUGUAGCUAACUGCAUCAUUUUCCCUUGGGCUAUAAAAGUUGUUAGCCAACAAUUUUAUUGUAGCUACAAACGUUUGUGGCUCUAAUGUGACCAUUUUAUUGCCAAUUUUGUGUUCUCCAGUUGUAUCAUUCUAGUAUGUUAAUAGCAAUUAUAGCAAUAGGAUUAUCUGGCUUGGAGCAAGCAAAAGACACUUUCCUUGAUGUUUUGCUAUUCACACUAUUCCAAAAUUGUUGCAUUAGGUGGGGACAAAAAAAAACAACAAAAUAGUUUUAUUUGGUGUCAAGACUAAAACAAAAAAACUCGAGCUUAAAAGAGGCUCUAACCAUUGUAUAGAUUUUGCUUGACAGCAUUAAACAAAUAUUGUUGCAAGAAAAUAAUUGUUCUCAACAAUGUCAUGACCAAUCAAAACAUGUUGUCUUCCAAUGUUCAUCUUUAUCAAACCUGAUGAACUAUUUACUCACAAUGAAGUAGAGCCCCUAUGGAAAACAAGUUUUAAGCUGUUUCUUUUAUAAAGCAGAAAUUCAUUUCAUUUUUUUUUUGGUUAAUUCUUUCCUAUACAUUCAUAUUCAAUUGUUUGUGUAAAGAAAACUAUUUUUUAUUGUUAAUCAUAAUAUAUUGUUUCAGAAAGGCAGUUACAUUAUUCAUUUUGCCAAUGUACAUUGAUUGGAAAUUGAUUUUUGUAUAAAACUGCCAGAAAUGGCUGCUCUGUAUUUUUUGUAUAGUCAAAAUGUAGAACUAAUAUGUGAUUACACACUAUACCCUAUUGACUGAUGUAAAUGAAAUACUAAAUUUGUUAUAUAUGUAAGAAUGGUACCAUUAGUGUUGAAAGGCACUUAACUCUCUUUUCUGUUCCUUGCAAAAGAACCCUUUGUAAGUCUUGGAAACAUGUCUUUCAGCAAUUGGGAAUUCACGGUUUAGGGUAACAUUACAAGUCUUAGCUAUAGGGGAGUCUUGCCCUUGCAUGUGACAGUCCCAGAAAAAAAGUAUAGCUCACACACACACACAUAUAUAAAAUGACUCAGAACAAAUAAACACAAAUUCUUUCUAGAUAUAAUCAUGUCAGUGUAACGACACAUACAGUGAGCCUGAAGAGUGACUACACAUAAUGUUUUUGUUAGUAUAGACAUUUGAGUUUGGUAGAAAUGUUGGCUGUACUCUCUUUGUUGGACUUGUGCAUUGUUCACUUCCUGUUUGUGUGAACCUGAGCAUAUCAAAUGUUAACUUUAUCCUUGAACUAAUAUACCAUAUACAAAUAUAUCAAUAAAUUUAUAUAAAAACAUU